AUGGAUAUGCGCGAGAGUGGAUUGAAAGCUAUCCUCAUGGGCUCCUCUCGUGUAUCUUGUCCUAAGAAGACCGUUGUUCGUUUCAGCGGUAAAGCCUCCGCGGUGACAGCUAUUCAUUCCGGGUCUCCCAUCAAGCAAUCAAGGGUCCCCCUCGCUGGUCUCCACACGGAAGUGCCGUGUCCACCAAAGCCCGUGGCAUCCAUAGGGUCUGCGGUCGGCGUUAUAGGACGUGUAGUAGUCAGGGGAGAAGGCAGAGUUGUACUUCUCGAUGAGAUAACUUCUCCCAAGAAGCAUGCCCGAGGAGAGUCUAGUCCUGCGAAGGGGGAAACAAAAUCAGAUGGAUCUGUCAAUGGGGUAGGACGAGUAAUGCAAUUGGACGAGGCUAUGCAAAUCGAAGACAUGGAACCCAAGACCCCGUCGUCGUGCGGAUCUUCAACGCAAGGGUCUCCAUCAUCUGUAUCAUCGUCUAGCUCUCGCCGUGGUAGACAGCAUAAAUUGCAGCAGAUGUUGCACAAUGAAGGGGACGCCACUCCACGAGCAGCCAAGACUUCUGGCCCAUUCUGGGGUCAUGUACCCCUCAGAGAUGAAGACACGGACGCGGGCGGCAUACACGGCUUCACGCUUUCUCACCUUCGGCGCGUUCCCGAGUUGGUGCUUCUCGCCCAACGUGUGGUCGAUGCCGAGGCACGGCGUCGUGCGCGGGAGGAGCGCAAACAAGCCAGCGGUAGCGCGGUCCAGAACAAGUCGAAGCCGGUUCAGCGCCCACAGAACUCUUCGCGGGAGUCCAAACAUGCGAAGAUCAAGCGCCUUUUCCGCUUCGCAAUUCGGCAGCUGUACGAGGAAGGCAGCAUCGUACUAUGGGACGGACCAGUACGCGCCCUUCCACAGUCUGGGACACAGAGCCUCGAUGCACUCUGGAAGGCGAACGUGAGCACCAUAUCCGCAAUGUCCGUCAUCAGCGCGGGCUCGCAGGCGGAGGAGGACGCUGGCGAACUGAGCGACCCUUCACCGGACGAGGAGGCAUACAUACCGCUCACCCCGCAGUACUUCGCGGACGCCGUCGAGCACGCCAUUAUGGCCGUCCAGGCGCGUGCCGCGGCAGCGGCUGCGUCAAAGCCCCGUCCUCGCCCGCGAAACGUAUGGGACGCAAGCGCUGCCGUGCAGUCGCCCCCGCCAGGCCCGACGCCUGCGGAGAUCUUGACGUGGCUGCGCCGCGACGCGCGUUGGGAGCGUGUUGGUGAGUGGACCGUGAAGGAGACACUGGAGUGGGCGAAGAACGAAGGCCGGACCUCGGACGGUGAUGAAAAUAACGAUGUCCCAUUGGCAGACCUGAAUGCACCGGGGUACAAGAAAUACGGGACUCGAUACAGACGAAUACAGAGAGCGGGGAGAGCGAAUAAGGGCAGCGUAUCCACUUUUCAGGCCAUUUCGACGUCCUUGUCAACCUGCGCUGCGGGCGCGGGCGCAGACGUGGGCUUGAUGUCGUCGCCCAUGAAUGCAUCCAGCUCCAUAUCCAAUUCUUGUGCCGUCUUCGGCUUCUUGGGCACACGGGGCGCUGGGCGGUUCUUCGUCCUCACGGGGCCAGGUCCACUGUGGAUGGACAAGGUGUCCAUAUCAACCAAACGGAGAAAUGAGGCGAUAGAUGAAACACGCACCUCGAUUUGGGCUGACGCUGGGUGUCAUUCCGGCUCAGCCGAGAUGCGGGUGCAGCUCCUCGUCGGCCGGGUCGAGGCGCCGACGUCGGCGGGUUGUAGAAUUCGAUCGACAUCGGUUGCCCUGUGCGCAGACGGAUACAUGAGCGGGGUGAAGGGACACGUCACGAAGGCAUGGGGCGCAGCAAGGAAUGUCCUUUACCCUUGGCAGUCUUCCCGUUGA